AUGCGGAGUAAAUUUUGAAUCGCGUAUCGAACGUAUGGCUGUGUAAGCAAUGUGUUUAAAUCGUCGGAGAUCUGAGGCGUGGCGGUCCUAUGUUUAAUUGAUCAUAUUAUUAUUUUUAAAAAAGAAAAAUUCUCGAAGGGGUGGUGCACCAUGUACUCAUGUUUUUCAUAAUGAUUAAUUUUUAAUUAUUCUUUUUUUUUUUUUUUUUCUCUCUCGAAAUUCAACAGCAAUAAAUUAGAUAGUGCGCUGUAGUUCGUAUUAGUAAUAUUUAAAAAAAAAAAAAAGCAGGACUGACGAAUUAUUUAGGACGAAUUAUUUAGAGGCGCUACCAAUUUUGAAAAAAAAAAAAAAAAUAUUAGAAGAGUCUCUCUAAAUUUGUGCACGCUCAUAUUCCCGCUCAAAGCGGGUUGAAAGUAAACGAAAUACCAAAUCGAACCUCGUUCGUAUCAUGAUAUGGUUUAUACUUAUACUUUUGCAUAGCCAUACGUAAUGUUAUUAAAAAAAAAAAAAAAAGCUUUUCAUGUUCUCCUUGUUUUUUUUUUUUUUUAUAUAUAUAUAUAUAUUUUCUUUUUUUUUCUUUUUGCAUCGAACGUUAUCUUGUAAAUCUUUCGACAAGUAAGAGAGCUGUGAUUUUGAAUUUCAUUUUGAAGAUCGUUUUACUUUUCGAUUUACGUACAAAAUGAAACUCCGAGAAACAAGGAUCGUUUCUUUUAGCGUUAUUUCGAAGGAACGAUGAAAAAUUAUCAUAAAUUGCACCACGUUCAAUCCGAAUUACGUGUCCUAUUGUAAUCAGCACUCUUCUUUGUAUUAUAUUUUUAGCUAUUAUCCAUAAUAUAUUCAGCGUUAUAACAUCGUGGUAACAAUAAUAUUAACUAUCGACGUAGAAUAUAAAUAUAUAUAUAAAUACAUAUAUAUAUAUAUAUAUAUAUUUUUUGUAUUUUACUUCUACCUUGGCUGCAUUGGACUGUAUCAUAUUGAUUGUAUGUGGCAUGCUAAGGGCGUGUACAAAUACGAAAUAAAGAUCAAAUAAAUUACGAUCGUCGCUACUCUGUACGUUCCUUAUAUCGUAUAUCUUUAUCGAACGAAACAACGAACGAAAUAUUAUAAUUACGAUUAUAUAUUCUUAUGUAUAAAUAUAAAGAUUAGGAUAUUAUUUUUAUCGCUGAUCCAAACAACGUACUAUGCGUGGAUGCUUAAUGUAUGCAAUAUUGAAUUGUAAAUUCUUGGAACAAGGUUGGACGCGCCUUUUAAUUCUUUCUUCUCUUUUCUUUUUUUUGCGUUUCCAAGAUUGCUUUUUCCCAGGAAGGAAAUGGGAUGUUUCUCGCGUACAACGAGUCACGAGUAUAGGAACCAUCAUUUGAAGACUUAUAUACGCAUACUUCGUAACGCAACGAAGACGUAAUUGAAACGUUACGAAAGAAUACACUUGAAAACCCACGUACGGUCCCACAUUGCAUCUCUCUACUACAUACCAAUCGACAAAAAUCUUGCAUCAAUCUUGUGGAUCUUCCAACUAUGCAUUCCAACCAACUUCAUUGACUUCGUUUUCUGAUUGUUAAUUGAAAUUACCUCGACCCGAAUAUUCCUCGGAAUAUUCAUAUACAUAAUAUAUAUUCAAGAUACGAAGCAUCGUUUCAAGACACGAAACCAUAUAGGAUGCGAGGAUUUAGAAUUAUAAGUGAGAAGAAACUGCUUGCAACGAAAGAAUUGGAAAAUCGUCGUUAAAUGAUAGAAAUAUCUUUCUAUUCGGAUCUAAUAACCACGACGAAACAUUCGAGAUGUUUAAUCGUUACCCUCUCCCCUCUCUCCUCGAUCGGUAAGAGAUAUCAGAUACAAGGGGGACGAAUAAUAAAUUCACGUCUCCUCGAUUUGAACGCGGCUCACGAGCCUUCUUUAUCACGCACACCCGGUCGAUAAAAGUCAGUCCAUGAAAAAGUGGUCGGUCGUGAUUGCCGUGAACGCGAGCGAGCGAGUGCAGCGGUGAAAAGCGCAGGUCCAUCGGUUGGCGGGCUAGGCGUGAGAGGCGAGGGGGUGAGGGGGCUCGAGAGCAUAGGGAUUUCCUCGGCGCAUUUCGUUGCAGUAGUCGACAGCAUCCCGCGGGUGGUCGCGAUCGAACAAUCAAGGGCGGGAGAGCUGUCGAGCAGAGGGUUCGAAGGGGGAACCCUUGCCUCUUUCCCUCUCGCUUUCUCUCUCUCUCUCUCUCUCUAUCUCUCUCUCUCUCUCCCCCUCCCCUCUUGUCCUCCGUCCAUCACCGAUUCGAAAAUAGUGGUAAGGUGCUUCUGCGAAAGAGGAACGCGCGUCCGACACGUGAUCGCGUGCACGCCAGUGCUUUCGUCCAAUUUUUCCUUUCCCCUCCUCCUCUCGAUAACAAACGAAACACCGGUGAAUUUUGUUGUUCGUCGUGUAGUAGUAGUAGAAAGGGGGCGAGCUACGCCCCGGAUCGACCGGGGAUAAUUCGAGGGAAAGAAUCGACGAAGAGGCCUUGGGGAGACGCGGAGCCCUCGAGGACAGGGGAUCCUGGCACGCCUCCAACCGAGUCUCUCCUCAUCGACGACGCCGAUCCAACGGCGACGACGUUCGAUGUCGGCGGCACAGCAGACCGCGAAGUGUGUCGUUGCUAUUUUCAGGUAGUACGUAUCCGCACACCGGGCCACGCAAAUCUUGAAGUAGAAAAGAUAGCUUUGCAAAGCUUGUUGCAAAAAACGGCCUUCCCUCUCUCCGGCUGUCGGUAAUAAUGCCGCUAGUGGCUAGGUAGUUGUUUCGAGCACGCGCGAAUCACACUCUCAGACACGCACCUCUUCCUUCUUACCUCACCGCGGCCAGACGGACGAUUGAUUAACUUUUCAGUGGAGGUAACCGCGCGCCUCUACGCUUCCGCCGCGCACGUGCUCGCCACGGGAUGGAUAGCCGCGAUGGGAGUUCCCGUAAUCGGAAAUACCGCCACGAUACGCGUCUAGGAAUCAUCAGGUUCCGAUUUACGCCUCGAUCGAGUGCAAUGGGCGUGGAUAAUCCGUUUCGUAGAUAAUCCGUGGUGGUGUAUUAUCGGUCGAUGAUGAAAUAUCGUCGUCGAGUAAUUGCUCGUAUUGUUGCACGGAAAGAAGAAAUUUGACGGUUAAACAAUUUGAGCAAUUUUUCAAGCUUCUCGAAGUAUCCUCUCUCGAAGAAGUAGGAUAAAACAGGGAAAGGUAGUCUGGUGUUGAUUAAAAAUUCGUUAAAAUCGUCGUCAUUCUAUAACCAAGUUGGUUAGAAUUUAACUGAAAUGAGGAAGAGGAGAAGUUAAAAAAGGUGGAAAUUCACGAUCGAACGAUGUUUAGAUCUGGUCUGUCGAGCACCAGUUUCGGUAAAGCAUGACGGUACACAGUCGCGUAUAUAGGUAUUUACGCUUUAAUUACUUAUUUUUUUUUUUUCGCGCUGCUCCAAAAAGCCAACGAUGUGUGAUACGUGGCUUUUGUGUGUUGCAUACGAGGCAUCUGUGUGCGCGCGUAAAGCGCAACGAUCGCGUACGUCAAAGCCGGCAGUGAAUCUCCGCGAGCCGCAGAGCGCGGACGUAAUACCGCGGCGAAGCCGCGCCAAUCCUCCUCGCCAAUAGUGCGCGAAAACGGCGGCUCUUCAACCUUCUUCUUUACCUUUUCCCCGCGUCUACGUGUCGCGCGUUCGACCGCAAACCUGAUCGAUUCGUUACCGUUCUUCGAGAAAUGCUAAUGGAAUUUCAAGCGACCUACCUCGCUGGCCCUGUCGUCUAAAUUUUAAUCCGUAGAAUAUUUUUUAAUAUUAAUAUAUGUUUACACGUGUAUUUUCGUUGUCGUCGCAUUGCAAGUGUGUCGUUCGCUGUUAUCAAAUCGAAUCGUUCAAGCGUUGCACUACUACGGUGCACCUUCCACGCGUUUUAUUUUUAUCAAGAUCGAUACAAUAAUUUGCCCGAUCGAAGCGUGAACAGCGGUUGAGCGAACAGUUUAACAGGAACUGUAAUCGAAUGUGAAAUUGGGAUCGCCGGUUUUUCGAGCAAGAGACACGACGCGGGUGAAACCACACAAACGAGCACAGAAACUGUAGAAACGCGCGGCGAAAAAGAGAACAGGAGGUUCGUAAAUGUGAGAGAACAGGUUCUCUUCGAAUAUUGCGAAGAGUGCAAAUAAAGAAGAUACUUUACUUCUUUUUUAUAUACAUAAAUAUAUAUAUCGUCGCUUUAAAUUUUUUAUACCAGAAUCGUAUAUAUAUUUGUACACCCUUUUUCCGAAUAUAUAUAUUUAUUCUGUGAGAAAAUUUUUACCGAGACUCAAGUGCGGGCCGAUGUGCGGCGGACGAACGAAUCGAGUGGAAAAAAAAAAAAUGAAGAUGGAUAAAUCUCCGGGCGGCGAAGAUUCUGUGAAGCGAGAAAUCGAAAGCGAGGGAAACGAGCGGAUCGGGACGAUCCGAUUGUAAUUAUCUUUGCCGAUAUCGGGGCAAACGUGUUCGAUACGGAUUGAAUGAAUGAACGUGGAAUUCCAGUACGGAUAAGAGAAGAGUUGGACGCACGUGGUUCGUGAAUCCGGCGAAGAUUUGUGAUGGAAUGACCGCGCGUGCCAAAUGCCUCGAUAGAAUCAACCGUUAUGACGUGAUACGAUAGCAGAGUGAGAGAACUUUAGGAGUAGAAGUAGCUCAAGAUUCCACUACGACUAUUUUAAGAACGGGCGAAUGGGCAUAGUUUCCGAGAGAAAAGUAGAAACGGACCGGCGAGAUCGUCCGAGACACGUCCGAUAACAAGUGUUGUAGUCGAUAACGAAGAGUGGAAGAAGAAGGAAGGAUCUCAACGUGACAGAGUUUUAAAUUCUUUUUCUUACUCUCUUACUUUCGCGACAAGUGAAUAUACUCGAUCGUGAAAUAUUAUAUAUAUAUAUAUAUAUAUAGAAACACGCGAAGAAAGGAAGAAUGGAGGGAAGACCGAAAAUCGAGAUCGUCCGCGUACCUUCGAACGAGCGCGGUAACUUCCGGUCCCUAGACGGUGUCCGUAAUAAUUACGGCCACAUUCGUGUGGGCACGUACUAUCCGGAACCGGAAGUCAAAGUGGUAGUUUGUGACAGCAAACCGCCUAUCGAGCAAUCUCGGAAAUUCAAAAAGCAUUUGGGACCAGUUUCAAAAUUGCUUAGACGUCGUCAUCACGCGACAUAUCUUGCGACAAAAUCCUGUGAUAAUAUUUAUAGCGUGAAUAGAAGCACUAGCUCCUUAGACUGGAGGGUUAAUCAAACGACGAACGAGAAAGGCCUUCAAUCUCGUCAAAGCAAUAGCCUAGAUUGGCGGGUAGGAAGAUCAAUUAACAAAUUGCAUUGGAGGGACACUACUCGUAGCGCGGAACAGCUUUCAAGAAGUGGAGCAAUCAGUUCUGAUCACCUUCAAACACCCAGUACAAAAUCGAAACUCAUUUCGCUACUUCGACGGCUCUCCCCUCGACUUUCUCGACCAGGAAGCAAAAAUUCCUUGCAAGCAUCGCCGACCAUUUGUCCUUGGGUGCAGGUAGAAUACUCCUCGGAAUCGAUUAACGACGGGUUACGCGAGGAUUCGCAGGAAAACGACGUGAGCUUCCAGAGAGAAUUGCAACUCAAUGAAUUGAGGAAACGCAUGGCUGGAAUCGCUACCACUUCUCAGGUUACCACAAAAAUCGUUAAGGAUGGGAAGGAACAGCAAAGUUGUACACAGAUCAGGAUACAAGUGCAAGAACCGGAAAACGAUUAUACUAACGCCUCAAACUCGGGGAAAAAACUCAACAGUGUGCACGAGGACCGCGGGGACGAGGAUCGUCGACGGGCCAGCGGUCAAACACGUGGUGGCGGCGAGGUAGCGGGCCUGGAGGACGUCGGCGACUGCUGCGCCGCGACGCUGACGCCGUCGGUCCCAGGCGCCGCCGGCAUCAGAUCGAACCGCCGCACAAGGCCCCUCUCCCUUGCUGUGCAACCACUUAAUUAUCGCCGCCUCGAUCCGGAUCCGAAAAUCGCCGUCAACAUCGUAACCAGCCACCAUCCCAACAUGACUAGCCAGGAGAGCAUCGGCAGCUGCAGUCUGGACGUCGAUCAAUCCGCGUCCGACCGAUCAGAGAAUACCAUAGAUACUAUAUCGAAGAAGACGUUGCACAGUCUGAAUUUAUCUUGCAACGGUGACUCGGUUUCUUCGUCGGAUAAUCUGGCAAACGGUAGCAGUGAGACGCUGCAGAAGUCGCAUUUAACGCCAGAUGAGAAAUUGAACGUCAGCAAUGGUCAUCGAAGCAGUCCGGAACCAGAGCAGCUGACAGUGAAGAAACCUAGUUACUUGGGCCUGGCGUGUAGCAUCAGCGGUUAUUCCGGGAUCAAUAGAUACGAUAGCAAACUCAGGGAAGGAUUUCGAUCGAGGGACAGUAGCCCUGGGACCAGGUUGAUCACUCGAGACACUAGCCCAGCAAGUUUCAGAUCGAACGAAUAUCUGAACGUACCGGCGCAUCCUCAUCCACCUAAGAGCCAAUCAAUUUCCCCUCUAGCUAUGGACAGACAAAACGGUUUCUCGAACGGUUUGAAGGAAGAGUGUAAAGUGGAGGCUUACAGGGAAUCGAGAAACUCGAUAGGUAUAUAUCAGGGUUACUCGGAAGUCGACAAAGGCGUCUUGACGACAUUCCCUGAAAUUAGCCCGGUCAUAUCUUCCACACCUACGAAACGCAGCCCUGGAGUUUCGCAGAUGAUGUCUUGUAGCCAACAGAACAAACAUUUCUCGGUAACUUCCCCGAAGCGAGAUGCCGCCAGUCUUGCGAGCGUCUCGCUUAACGAAACGAACGUAUUGAACGGGUCGACGGAGGAAGUAGGUAGUCAGAUGAUGAGCAACACUCCGAGCAGCGAGAAAUCUUUCAUCCAACAGCGAGUGGAACGGCUCUACGGGCCCGGGGCUCUCGCCCAGGGUUUCUUCUUCAAACGCAGCACUACCAGGCUGAACACUAGCGAUACCGUUUCCAACAAGUCUAGUAACAACAACGACGUUUCGAUAGAGAACGCAAAUACGGAGGAAUCGUUGAAGAAUUUGCCCGUGUUGAGACACCUGAGACCAGAGUUUCGAGCUCAACUUCCCGUGGUCAGCCCUAGAAGACCUACGGACGGCUCGGAACAAAUUCUCAAACCUCUGCAAAGGGUGUCGCCGGUGUCUCGAAAGGUCGAGCAGAAACCAAAAAUACCAGCUGCUACGAAUUUAGAUGGGAAUUUAAGCGAUAGUAACGCGCAGGAAUUAAGUUCUAGCGUGACUAGCAUCCCGGAUCAACAGCCAGCUGCGCCAAAAGUAGUCUUACCUGUCUUAGAAUCGAGCGCCAGCUCGACAAAUGUGGCGAAACAGGUUCAGGAGGCGGAGAAAACGGUCGAAGAGAAAAAUGGACAUUACUUUAUGAAGUUGCUGAAACAGGAGACGGACAGACUGCUCUCUUUAGCCGCGUUAGCGGAAGCGGAAUUGUCCAGUAGUGGCGAUAGCGUCCCACUUCCGGAAGAGGCAGCCGGAAAAUUGCGCUCAGCCGCUGGCAAAGCUAGACUACUCGCUUCCCAAAAGAUGCAACAAUUCGAGGGAUUGUGCCAGAAAAAUAUCAACCAGGUACCUGGCGAGGAAUUCCCAACGACGAACGAAGAUCUGGCUGGUUUCUGGGACAUGGUGAUGUUACAAGUGGUCCAAGUAAACGAACUAUUCGAUCAGAUAGAAAAAUUGCGCAGUUCUCAGUGGCAAGAGACCGUGCCGGAGAAAAAGACGAUUACUUCAAUUCCGCAGAAUGGUAGCACCGCAAAACGUCGCGUCCCACCAAUUCACAAAUCAAAAUCGACGGCCAACAGCGAGGCGAAUAAAAAAGCAAGGGAGGCGAGAGAACAAGCUCGAAGGCAAUUGAUCGAGGAGAAAAGACGAGCGAUGCGCUCGAAUGCGAAAAAUUCCGAGAAUACCGUAAAGAUCUUCGCCCCCGAUACGUAACGAAAAAAAAAAAAAAAAAAAAAAAAUAAUAACAAUAAUGGCGGCGGAUCUGUUGAGUAAUUUUUAGCAGCGUUUUUUUGGUGACGCUUACGCCUCGAGCCAAAUCAAAUUGCGGUAUUUUUUAUGCAUUUUCUUGAACAACUCCGAAUCUCGUCGAGCUGUCUGGCGAACAAUUGAUCGAAGCUUUUUCAUUGGCGAUUAAAUACGAUGCUCAUUGGUUCGCGUUCGAGCCCGACAAGCCUAUGUUAUUAAUAGUUUGAUGACAAUUAAACGCCCAGACUGCUCGAUAUGUGGAGUUGAUUAUAAACAAUUACCGAUAUGCUUCGAUUACAAUCAAACUCGCUUUAUAUCGUUAAAUAGGGUUGAGCGUUGUGGGGCACCACACGAGCAAUAAAAGGCCGAUUCAUGGUAUAUAAUUGAUAGAUGAUUAGGACGAUCGAUUUUUUUUUUAGAGAUUGAUUUUUAUAUAAAAUACGAAAAAGAACUGGAUCCAGAUUAAUACGAAAUGAAGUUUUUAAUGAUUUUAUUAAUGAUAUUUUAUUAAUGAUGUUUUUCGUCUCACGCUCUGUCUCACACACACGUUCGUUUCACUUCGAUUUUACACGCUGUGAUGUUUCGUGCUAAUCUUGUUACGUUUUAUAUCAAUUUACGCUCUCGUUCGAUUUAUAUAAUACGAUAUUUAACGUUCAAUCUACGAACGGAAUAGCACAGUAAUUUUGAGAGCAUUCUCGGCUCUUUGUUUCACGUUUCUUUUUUGUAAGAUAAUUAUGUCGAGAAGAAAUCGAUGGGGAAGAAGAAGUUAUUCGAUGAGAAAAUAAAACAAUCCGGAUGAUAAACGAAUGGUAAAAGAUAUUUUGAUUUUUCGUAUUAGAAACAAUAAAGAGACUGCUCCUUGUCUACAGGAAUUUUUAUAUAUAUAUAUAUAUAAAAAAAAAAAAAAAAAAAAAAAAAAAGCUGAAAGAGAAAAAAAUUAUUCGAGCCGGAUUGUCAGAUCAUGUUUCCAUAAUUGCGUUUCUUCAGCGAUCACGGGUAACUUAUAUUUAUAUAUAAAUUACAUGUGGAAAGAAACGAUAAAUGAUCGCUAAUGAAUUUAAACUUAAAGAUCAAGAGGAUGAAAAAGUUUAUAAUUUAUCCUGAACUUGUCCUGUUAGUCACAAAUUAGCAAUUUAAUAAUAAUAAUAAUAAACUUGGUUCAAGAAUUUAAAGACAAAUACUUGAAACAUAUUGGUUGAACCUUGAACCAGAUAUAUAAUUCUUAUCGCAUAGUUAAUGUACAUAAUAUUAACGAUCGUUUACAAGCAAACUGCAUUUGCCUAAUGAAUUCUGUUUGCAAAACGUCGAUGAACGAUCGAAAUCGAGAAAGGAUAUCGUGAAGCUGAAAAUUAAAAUCAAGAAAGAUUCCUAUUAUUUUUAUUAUAUGUAUCAUCGUUUUUUUUUUUUUUUUUUUUUUUUCUUUUUUUUAACGUCUCUAAUUAAUAUUACUAUUUUUUUAAACUUAAUCGUUAUUUUGAUCGCGUUGAUUAACACCUCUCGCGAGGAAAUCUCCCUUCACCCUCCACCCUUCCAAAAAAAAGGAAAAAAAUGAAAUAUCAUAAUCGUUGAAUUAAUUUUGCAAAAUGCAUAAUAGAAUAGGAAGGUAAAGUGUGUUAAGAGUCCUAGCGCAAAAAUCACACGUUUGUCUUAAACUGACAUUCCCGUAGAGAACGGUCUUCAGAUAGUUUAAUUCCCACGUUAAUUUUAAGAUGUAUCUGAUAGAUAAGCUGGCGUUAGCAGGUGUAAGUAGAGCUCGUCCAACCAAAUAACACGCGCUACCUAAUUAAAUACUCGGUAAUAUGAUGGUGAGUGUGUCGCGAUAUUUUCACGAUGGUAUCGAUUUUAAAAUACGCUGAUGAAUUUUAUCAUUAAUUGCUCCGUGCUCGUUGAAGGGAAAGGCAGAACGAAAAAAUGAAAUAAACGAAAAAAAAAAAAGAAGAAGAAGAAGAACAUUUUCCGAAGCGUCGCUCCGCACGCGAAUACACGCAGGAACGACGUAUCAAGCCGCGUUAUUUAUUGACUGUUAAUUCCCUUGGUGCCUUGAUUAUUUAUAUACGUGUGUACAUAAAAUCGACUGACAGCCGACGAUUCUCUCGUCGAUAUUUACGUUCGAUCGCUUUCGAUCGGAAGGAAACAACAAACGAGUCGAUAAAUGAGAAUGAAAUGAAGACACGUUUGAGAGCUUCUUUCUUCGAUCAAUUCGAUCGAUUGAUUAAUUUCAUCCGCGCACUCUCGAUCGAGGAGGCAAGGAAUCGAGGUUAUUCACUUUUGUUCUCAUUUAUCCGUUUCGCCUAAAAGAGGAAAGAUAAUUUUUGACAACGAUCUAUUUUAGAUUUUUCGAAUUAGCGAGUUUAUCCAAAAAUUUUUUUUUUUUUUUUUCUUUCUUUUAAUAUUUCAUCGAUUAUUUUUUAACCGCAACAACAAUACCGUAUACCGCGAACGACUGUAUGCGAUGCAUGAGAGAUUAUUAUGUGUGGCUGGAGAAAAAAACGAGCGAUUGCAGGCAAAUUUAAUUAAUCGUGUAAUUUACAGAAGUCGAUAUUGUAUUGUGUAUAUUGGCCAGCACAACAGAAAUCACACGUAUCGCAAUUUGUUUUCUCUUGUACUCUUAUUAUUAUUAUUAUUAUUAUUAUUAUUAUUAUUACUAUUAUUA